GAUUCAACUGGCCAAAGAGAGAAUGUCUUUUCCAGGAAAAAUAAACUCACGUUUGGACAUCAUAUCAUAUUAAUGAAUAAAAGUUGUCAAGCAUUUAUAAUACCAAUAACAACUCAGUUUAUUUAUUUUUUUUUAGUUUGUCAAAUAUCAACUUUUCAUUUCAAAUUUCUCUGUUGUAAAGUUAUAACCUGUGCACGUGAGCUCUGUAACAAUGGCGAUAGCGGCAGUUGUGAUUGUCCCGAUUGGCCUCCUCUUCCUUCUAUCAGGCCUCAUUCUCAACCUCCUUCAGGCAAUUUCAUUGGUCCUUGUUCGUCCAUUUUCUAAAAAUGCUUACAGAAAGGUCAACAAAGAACUCACCGAACUUAUAUGGUUGGAGCUUAUUUGGCUUUUCGACUGGUGGGCUAAUAUUAAGGUCGAUCUAUUUGCAGAUCAAGAAACUUUUGAGAUGCUCGGUAAAGAACACGCACUCCUCAUUUGUAAUCAUAGAAGUGAUAUUGAUUGGCUCGUUGGCUGGGUCCUAGCUCAGCGUGCAGGUUGCCUCGGCAGUGCAGUAGCAUUAAUAAAGAAAGCUGUGAUAUACCUUCCCGUUAUAGGUUGGUCGAUGUGGUUUGCUGGUUUUAUAUUUCUUGAGAGAAAUUGGUCCAGAGAUGAAAGCACCAUGAAGUUGGGAUUCGAGUCACUGAAUGAUUUUCCCAUGCCUUUCUGGUUGGCCCUUUUUGUUGAAGGGACCCGUUUUACGCAAGAGAAGCUUGUAGCUGCCCAACAGUAUGCAGCCUCUGCUGGUUUGCCUAUUCCAAGGAACGUUUUGAUUCCUCGUACUAAGGGCUUUGUUGCAGCCGUGACUCAUUUGCGGACGUUUGUCCCAGUAAUUUAUAAUAUUACAGUUGCUGUCCCGAAAAAUGAACCUCGGCCGACUCUAUUGAGAAUCCUGAGGGGACGUUCUUCUACGGUACAUGUGCAUAUUGAGCGGCACCUCAUGCAAGAAUUACCAGAAACGAGCAGUGGGAUCGCUCAGUGGUGCAAAGAUAUGUUCGUCGCUAAGGAUGCUUUUUUGGAGCGACACCUUGACACGAACACGUUUGGGGAUGAUAUACGGCGCGACAUUGGCCGGCCAAAGAGAUCAUUACUGGUCGUGAUGUGCUGGUCGUGUUUGCUUCUUCUGGCGAUGGUCAAAUUCUUCGAAACAUAUCCCUUCUCGUGGGGAGAAGUUGCGUUCUGUGUGGUUUUCUUGGCGUUGGUUACUAUCCUAAUGCAGAUACUCAUCACGUUUUCGCAGUCCGAAUAUUCUAAUCCUCCAAAGCAAGAUCAAUUGAAGCAAGUUCUUCUUCACAGAUGAGCUUGUUGUACACAUCAUUGAUCUCAUGCCAUAAUGUAAUUGUUAGGAAUUGUUUCUGAGUUAAUUUGCACCUUGAUUUUGUUGUUUCUUUUUUAGUUAUUGUAUGUUCUAAUAUUCUCCCUUUUAACUUCAAUCCUCCUAGAUUCCGCUGUUUGGCUGCUUGGCUAUUCUAGCUGUUGUCUAGUUGUAAUUAUGUGGUUUUAAUUCUAAUAAAAUUUCUAUCUUUUCGGAAAAAAAAAAAAA